AUGGCGGACCCUGGAAUCUACGUGAAGUUGGAAGCUGAGGCGGCCAAGUCCUGUCUUUGGGAGACGGAAGCCAGCAGUGUGUGUCGCCAGCAGCAGCAGCAGAGGGACAGCAAGGAGGCUGCACAGGUUACAGCCACGUUGCCCCCAUCCUUCGCCUUCUCGUGCUGGCUGUUUCACUUGUUCAAAGGACAGUGGUGGUGUGGCUGGGACAGCCUGGGGCCCAGCCAGCUGGGGGCCCAAGGCUCCCAGGCGAUGACGAGCCCACCCACCCACUCCCCCGGCAGCCCCCUGACGAGCUAUAAUUGCUUCGCACCGUCCUGUUGCUGCCAUUCUCCUGGCGGAGGCAUCUGGGGUUCCAGGCGGGUGGCAGCUGCAGGCCGAUCGCCUGGCUCGCAGGAUGGACUGGCCACACAACCUGUCACGCCCCCUCCAGAGCAAGUCUUUGCAAGACCACCCCACUGCCGCAAGGCUAAGCGGGUGGCCCUGCUCUUCUCUAACCACAUGCUGUGUGGUCCCAUCCACACACUGCUGCUACUAUUCCUUCUCACCAUCUCCAUCUUCCUGGGGCUGGGCCAGCCCAGGAACCCCAAAGGCAAGAGGAAGGGGCAAGGGCGGCCUGGGACCCUGGCCCCUGGGCCUCACCAGGUGCCGCUGGACCUGGUGUCCCGGGCAAAGCCAUAUGCCCGCAUGGAGGAAUAUGAGAGGAACCUGGGGGAGAUGGUGGCCCAGCUGAGGAACAGCUCCGAGCCGGCCAGGAGGAAGUGUGAGGUCAACCUGCAGCUGUGGCUGUCCAACAAGAGGAGCCUGUCGCCCUGGGGCUACAGCAUCAACCAUGACCCUAGCCGCAUUCCUGCAGACCUGCCGGAGGCGCGGUGCCUAUGUCUGGGCUGCGUGAACCCCUUCACCAUGCAGGAGGACCGCAGCAUGGUGAGCGUGCCCGUGUUCAGCCAGGUGCCUGUGCGUCGUCGCCUCUGCCCGCUGCCGCCACGCACCGGGCCCUGCCGCCAGCGCGCAGUCAUGGAGACCAUCGCCGUGGGCUGCACCUGCAUCUUCUGAGACAGCCCUCCCUGCACCCCCGUGCCGAGCAAGGCAAUGAAAAGUAAAG